AAUAUUUUUAAAAAACAAAAUUCAAAUCAUUAUGGAUUCUCCCGAUUUAAAUGGUUUAUUUGAAUAUUUUGACAAGUUAAUUUCCAACUCCAGUACCAAAUUGGCAUUAUUGGAUUUCUAUUAUCAAAACGAUAAAAAUGAAUGUAUCGAAAUGAAUGCAAACAUUGGUCGCCUUCAAUUUUUAUUGCAUACAAUCGAUCAAUGUUUGGACGAAGCUGAAAAUGAAUUUGAAAUACAAUCCAAACGUUGUGUAGAUAUAUUGCAAUUAUUGGAAGAUCAUGUCAGCCAUAUUGAAGCAAAUUUACCGGCUUUAAAGACUGAAGAAAAACGAGUGGAUAAUAAAUCAAUUUCAAGAAAUGUAACCUAUACAAAUAUGGAUACGAAAAAGAUUAAGAAAAACAAUAAAUCGAAUAUUAUGAUGACCAAUGAUAAAAAGAAUGGCCAUUUGGCGACCAAACCAUCAUCGAAGGCAACAACCAAAUCAUCAAAUUCAUCACCAUUUCCAAUGAUGGAACAUCUAACCCAAGCAGAAUAUAAUUCAAUACCAAAAUAUAUGUUGAGUCGAUUAACUCUUUCUACAUUGAAUGAAUCGGUUGAUGCAUUUAAUCAUUCGAUAAUGUGCAAAUAUAUGUUUAUUCGAAAAUUUGAUUUACAUUCAACGAAAGAAACGGAAUAUAAACGUUAUCAAGAAUAUAAAUCACAUGAAAAUGCCGAUACAAAAGGCAUCUAUUUUGUCACCAUCAACGAUAUCAAAGAGUUGAGUUCGAUGAAAAAUGACUCAACAUUGCGAAAAGUAUUGAUCUGUCUUCGUCAUUGUAAACGAAUUAAAGAGAUUCGAGGAGGACAACCACCGAAAUUGAUUCGUUAUGGAUUAAUUUAAAUACAGAAAAAAAGUGGGCCAAAAAAGGAGACUGAUAAAAGAAUAAUGACCUUAGUAUGAUUUGCACUGAAAACAAAAAUGUUCAAAAAAUUUUUUUUACCAACAAACACUUAUUUUAAUGAUGAUGAUUACUAUGGUUACUAAUUUUUUUUUACAAACGGAAAUAAAUUAUGUUGAAAUUAAA